GAGAUAGACGCAGUCAAAACCAGGGAAGAAGACGAGACUGUUUCUCUGCCAUUUAGAUCGCCUUUUGUUUCACAACCAUGAAGCCGUUUAUCUCUGUUGCCUGUCUGUUUUCGCUGAUCUUAGCAGCACUGGCCAUUAAUAUUGACACUGGCGCUUUCACGUACGACUGUCGCCGAGCGUCAAACUCAUGCGGAAAUGGAGCUUGCGACUCGCAGACUGGAAACUGUAUUUGUGGUAAUGCUGGAUUAGGACGAGAUUGCAGCAUACCGUUUGGCUCUCAACAGACUAACUCGUUUCAAUGCAACUGCCAACAAGGGUCAUCGUGCUAUACCCCAAAUUUCAAUGACUUUAGGUGUGAUUGUUUACCUGGAUGGACCGGGGAGGACUGCAACACGUGUAGAGUAAGUUUGCAGUGUAGUUCAAGCAGAAUGGACGUCGCCAUGAUACCACAGAAUCUUCCGUUUGCUGGACAUCUUGAUUUUAUCUCUGCAACUGGCCAAACCGUGACAACCUGCAGACAAACAACCCUGUUUUCACCCUCGUGGACUGGUAGCCAGUUCAACCUACAGCUGGGGACUGGCUCAUCUUCUUGUCCUCAAGCUCUUGAGCCACGGGCAAAUAACGAGAGAUGCUAUACCCUUCAGUUGAGGUACAACAGUAACUUGCGAACGUUCCUUGACGAGACUUUCACACUGUGUUGCGGCCAAAACGGAGAUACUGUAGCUCAGAGCGGCGUGACCGUGAGCGUGAGCGAAAAUGUCUUCAGCAACGGCGUUACACCGAUCACCCUGACGGGAUCUAUCGGUGGCCUUACAGGAGAGUUCCGAUUAACAGCUUCCAACACACCCAUUUCAGCCGGAACUACCCUAAACAUUGGGGAUGACAUAUCGUUUUAUAUCGCGAGACCAUCCAACGUUCAGGAUUUCCGGGUCCACACUUGUCGAAUUAACAACCCCGGGCUCACACCCAUCAGUAUCAUCGAUGUCAACGGGUGCCCAGUUAGAUCAAGUUAUGGCAUCUUCAAGAACAUAAGAAAGAGUUCUGUCCUAGGGUCGGCGGGAGUUUAUAUCGACAUGGAAGCCUUUGCCUUGGAGAACGCAAACGAAAUUGUUAUGACCUGUGAAAUGCAGUCAUGUGGAGUAAAUACAUGUCCUCUGAGCAAUUGUCAGAACGAUCCUGUCUUUCAAAACAUUGGAAGGCGUCGUCGAGAGGCUACUAGCAAUGAGACCGGCAUUGAGACUGGGGAGGCCACAGCUUCAUUCAAGAUCAGAGUGUCCUACACCGACGAAUGUCCAGCCCAGAACACGUGCAGAAUGCACGAAGCCUUCCUCCCAGUCGCUAUUGUGUUCGGUGUCCUGCUACUGGCGGCCAUCAUGGCAGCUGUGUUUCUCUGCGUCAAGAUGUCGAAGGCUCCCAAGCGUGAGAACACGCCAGCCAGUUCCCCACCAACCUACUACAAUGUAGCUAUGAAAGCUUAAGUGCAAGGAACGGACUUUCCUUUUCACCCACGUAAAUGUUUGUGUUUUUUUUGUGGUACUACCACUUGUACCGUUAGUUUACCGUUAUAUUAUCGGCUUAAAUAUAUGUAUGCGUGUAGUACUGUAAUAAUAUAACAUAACUAAUAACAGAAGAUACUGUUCAUAAUUUGACGCGUUGUGCUCCAAUGAGAUACACUUGUGUUGCAGAGUUCAGUUUGUACAACAAGAUGGUAAAUAAGGAAGCGACGUCAACUAUUUGUGUUACAGCGCCCAGUGUUUAUGUUACAUAAGCUGAAACUUAUGUUUUAAUGUCAGCUAUAGGAUUUUACCAGCCUUUGUUUUCGUAUGCAUGUGUUUAUCUUACCACAGCACACAUUUUCGUCCUGCUUUCAGUGGUCCAAUUUGAAAAAAAAUAUCGACCUAGUGGAGAAAUAUAUGUUUUAAAAAUGAUUUUUUCAUUAUGUUUUAGAACUCCGAAUAUUAGAACAUUUACCACAAGGUAUGGUUUUGUCGAAAAUGGUUUCUCUGUUUUAGCAUAAAUUUUGAUUGAAAAAAUUGGUUUUAACUUUAUCAUGAAGUGAGCGGAAGAAAAUUGUCAAUACAUGGAGAUGUAUACAACUGUUUUGAAAUAACGACUUUUCAUGUCCAUUUAGCUGUGCGUAAACCCCUUUCAUUUCUUCGCUCCUAGAAAGAAAAUAAGCCAAGUUUUAUGUGCACGUCUCUAAGACUGCUGUAACAAGCCAUGUACUGUUUUAUGUGCAUGUCUGUAAGACUGCUGUAGAACAUUUUACCUUUUAAUAUUGUGUACAAAAGUCUCACAUUCAAAACGAUAUUUUUGAUUUCAUCACUUUGACUAUAACUUUUUUAUUAUCAGCUUAAUUAAUUUUAUUUGUUAGAUAAAAGUAUAUUAGCCUGGAGCAGCUGGCCUUUCCACUGAAUAAUUGUUAUGCUAAAAUAAACUUCAGGUAUCAAAUUG